AGCCUUUGCUUCAGUGGAUUAUGAGUUUUCUGAACUCAGGGAUAACCAGCCAGCUCUUGGAUUUACUCUCUUUUUCUUGCAUCACACUCCAAGGACUGCCUCCAUGAAGCUGCAGCCAUCUUCAUAACAUCUUCACAGAAAAGAAACUUCUGAUCAGAGGCAGCAGACCUGGAACAAGGACACUCACAGCUUUUUGCUUUUGUUUCUACCAAUUUGACAGUAUACAUGGCGACUGAUGGCAAUGCUCUUCAGGUUCCCUUGCGUCAGAAGCAGAGAAAGAAAACUCAAGGGUUUUUCACCAUGAGCCGGAGGAGGAUAUCCUGUAAAGACCUGGGACAUGCUGACUGCCAAGGGUGGCUGUAUAAGAAAAAAGAAAAAGGAACUUUCCUGAGCAACAAAUGGAAAAAGUUCUGGGUAGUGCUGAAGGGAACGUCGCUAUACUGGUACAGCAAUCAAAUGGCAGAGAAGGCUGAUGGAUUUGUCAACCUGCCCGAUUUCACUGUGGAGAGAGCAUCUGAAUGCAAGAAAAAGCAUGCUUUUAAGAUCAGCCAUCCACAGAUCAAGAUCUUUUAUUUUGCAGCUGAGAAUGCACAGGAAAUGAGUGUGUGGUUAAACAAGCUUGGGAUAGCUGUAAUCCAUCAUGAUUCUGCUACGAAGGAUGAAGAAUGCUACAGUGAGAGUGAACAGGAGGACCCCGAAAUAGCUGUGGAGACACCACCCCCUCCUUACUCUACAGAGACUUUCUCUCCUUUGGCUGCACAGCAGGCAUCUUCCUCUUCACCCAAAUCCUGUUCUUCCUCUUCCUCGGGAAGUACAAUAAAGACACACAGCAGUUUGGCCUCCUUAUCUAGAGAGAGACAGUCCUGGAUCGACAUGGUGAAUAGUUCCACCGGUGCUGACGUUGAGGGACAGUCUAUAACAUUUGCUGUGCAUGUUCACUCACCUGCACCCUCGGAGGCAAACAGUUGCAGGGCUCUGGACAACAGCUUUGCCACAUCAGAAAGUGGAUUUUUGAACUCUCUGUCUAGUGAUGACACUUCUUCACUGAAUAGCAACCUGGACCAUCUUAUUGUCCCAGACAAGCCCACUGGAUCAAAGAUGGCGGACAGAGAAGAAACAAAAUUAUCUGAAGAUGAUGAAAUGGAGAAACUCUACAAGUCGUUAGAACAAGCUAGUCUCUCUCCUCUUGGGGACCGUCGACCUUCAACCAAAAAGGAGUUGAGAAAAUCCUUUGUUAAGCGAUGUAAGAAUCCAUCUAUAAAUGAGAAACUUCACAAAAUCCGAACCUUGAAUAGCACACUGAAGUGUAAAGAACACGACCUGGCCAUGAUUAACCAGUUGCUGGAUGAUCCGAAGCUGACAGCCAGGAAAUACAGGGAGUGGAAGGUGAUGAACACCCUACUGAUCCAGGAUAUCUAUCAGCAGCAGCGGGCCCCCACGUCCGCCCAUGAAGGCACCCCCGAGGGACUCGAGAAACCACCUUCCUCUGCCUGUGUUGAAAAUUCUAUUUGAGAACAAGCCAGCCUUCUCUCCCCUGAUCUCUUACCCCAAGUGACUCUUCAAGAGGUUGCAAGAGCUUUCCUUCAAAGGAAAACUGAAACCAGUUCCUUAAGCAUUGCCUCUUUCUCUAAAGAUGCAACUGAGGUGAGGACCCACUCUGAUGGCAGCAGGAUUCCUCAUUCUGGUUGGAGUGCUUUCAUUGAGACUCGAGGAAUUGAAUUCAGUUGAACAAACAUCGUGUUCCUACUCGGAGCUCUUGGUUAUGCUAGGCUUUAAGUGGGAUGUGAGAAGUGUAUGUUCCUUGCUCUCAAGAGAACCAUGGUCUUCUACGGACAAAGAUCACAUUUUCCCAGGGAUAAUUAUUCAUAGAAAUGUUCUGUUUUCCAAAAGAAGAAUGUACAUAUUCCGCUGGGUUGGGUAGUUGAAUUCUUCAAAUCAUUUCUUGGAGUGGAGGAACACGUUUUACAGCAGAAACUGGAAUGGGACACAUGUGGUUUUGUGGAACCCAAAUCUCUUGCCUUUGGUCUGGAAUGGUGGUGCCUUUUCCACGAGCUGAGAAAUACUUCAUGGUGAUUGGUGUGUGGGAGAGCCCAAGGGGGAGGCAUGUUCUAUUGAACACCCUCUCAAAGGACAGCUUGAUGUUUCCACACUUGACCCAGGGGCAGGGAGGUGAGGGAUCUGAUUAAAGUUUCCUUUCCACACGACAGCUAAAGAAAUCUAUCUUAUUACUCGAAGAGACCUCUAUUCCCUCCUAGCUUUUCUAAACCACUGCAGGAGAUAGAAAUAAGUCCAGCAAGGAAUGUUUGCUGCUUUGUCCCUGGGAGUGGUGCCUAUACACAGUGUCAACUUACAUCCUGUCUCCCCGGGAUCAAGAUUGAUGUCUGAGUGGGUUUGGUAUCUUUACUCCAAAAAAACCCAACAAAAACAACAAAAGAGUUAAAAUAUGAUUGUUUUAUUUUUGUAUGUUUGUGUCACUUUGUGUCCUAUGUGAAGAGCUAUCUAUAAUAUGUUUGUUAUUUAAGUAUAUUUAUAGAAGUUCAAAUUACUGGCGUUUUCAAAGAUGGUAAAGUAAUUAUGUUUUGCUCAAUAUAUAUUCUUCAAGUAUAUACUUUUUUGCUUGAGAAAAUAGGAGUACUGUUGAUUUGCUGGAGUUAUGUUGCACUAUAAUGUAUGAGGAAUGCUCAGGGUAUCUUGUGGGAUAAAUGUGGAGGCAUGCAUUAUUAAUUGUUCACUUCCUGGCUUCUCUUUUUCUUUCUCCCUCUCUCUUUCUCUGCCUCUUUCCCAACCCAGAGGGCUCAGAAUUCUGUCACUCUCUUAACCAGAAAAGGACUUUCACCUUAGGUUAUUUCUUCUAGUAAAUAAACUUUUUAAGCUUUCUGCCA